UUGAAAUUUGUGUAUCGCAACUGUUCGACAAAAUGAAUGAACGAAGGCUUUUUGUGUUGUUUAUGCUUUUGACAAUAGGGAUUAAUUUGUGCAGUUCUUUCACUUUCAUGAUCAUUAGAUGCUACAGUUGGAAUGGCGAGUGAGGAUGAUGCAGUGAAGAAGACAAUGAUAGUUGAUGCUCGGGCAAGAAACAUUAGUCACAAUGUGAGGUGCACGGAGUGUGGGAGUCAAUCCAUUGAAGAUUCUCAAGCAGACAUUGCCAUUUUGCUCAGGAAGUUAAUUCGUGAUGAAAUUCGGGCUGGAAAGAGUGACAAGGAAAUCUACAAAAAGCUUGAGGACGAUUUUGGAGAGACUGUACUCUAUACGCCCAAGUUUGAUAUGCAGACAGCAGCUUUGUGGUUAUCACCUGUCCUAAUUGCUGCAGCAGCUGCUGGAGGAUGGGCUUACAAGAAGCAUAAACAAAAGACUAAUGUCCAUAUCAUGGCUUUGGACCUUGUUAGAGGUGUUUCAUUGACCCCAAAAGAGAAGGAGACAAUGCUUGAUAUUCUCACGCCACCUCCUUCACAGGGAGCUAGAACACCCUUCUGGUGGAGGAGAUGAUAAGGUCAAUGAUCAUGUUGACCAUCCACUAUUAUGACUUUAGCCUUGUAGGCAAUGGACUACGGAGAUAGUCAACUUGAAGAAAACCUUUGACUUGGUACAUGUUUGUGAUUAUAAGUAAGUUUCACUUUGAUGUUAAUCCACAACUUUUCAAGCCUGGUAUUGUAAUACCUCAUUAGAUAGAACCUAGUUUGAAUCAAUAAACAAACAUAAUUGGAAUGUGUGUGUGAAUAAAUAUCUAUUUUAGAGAUGAUA